UAAACAUAAUAAUAUGGAUGAUUUAGAGAAAAAAAUAAAAACGGCCAUCAUAGAAGGUCAACCCAGAACACAUCGGCCGUGGAAAAAAAUAUUAAUCGUUGUUGAAGGAGUUUACAGUAUGGAAGGAUCCAUUAUAAAAUUACCAGAAAUCAUUCGACUAAAGAAGAAAUAUAAAGCUUACGUAUAUUUAGAUGAAGCUCACAGUAUCGGAGCUCUUGGUCCACAUGGUCGAGGUGUUACAGAUUAUUUUGGUAUCGAUCCUAAUGAAGUUGAUAUUAUGAUGGGAACGUUUACAAAAAGUUUUGGAGCUGCUGGGGGAUAUAUUGGUGGUUCAAAGAAAAUGAUAAAUUAUUUAAAAUCUUAUUCACACAGUUCUGUUUAUUCGAGCGUUAUGUCUCCACCAGUAGCACAACAAGUUAUUACAACCAUGAAGAUAAUCAUGGGUAAAAACGGAAAUACUGACGGAUUAAGACGUAUUCGGCAGUUAGCGUGGAACACACGAUAUUUCCGACGACGGUUACAAGAGUUAGGUUUUAUUGUUUACGGCAAUAAAGAUUCACCAGUUGUGCCAAUUUUAAUAUAUUAUCCUGCUAAAGUUGUAGCGUUUGGUCGUAAAUGUUUAGCAGACGGUCUAGGAAUUGUAUUAGUCGGGUUUCCAGCCACACCCAUCAUUGAAUCUCGAGCCAGACUUUGUUUAUCCGCUGCUCAUACAAAAGAUAUGUUAGACAAAGCUCUUGAAACGUUAGAUAAAUUUGGAACAGAAUUAAAACUCAAGUAUUCAAGGAAAAGUAGAAAAUCAGAAUUUAGAGAGGAUGAUUCAAACUUACUGCUGCAUUGAGAAGACAAAUGAAUCAAUUAUUACCUGCUAAAAGAAAGCUCACACAAAAAGCGAAAAAAAAAAAAAACUGUCGCUCAAUUUAAAACAUCAGUUUAUAAGGAUAUUUUUAUUUUUUUAAUGUUAUUUGUUAUUUUAAGAUUAAUGCAUAAUAAAAAAAAGGGACAACUAUUUGUUAUGAUAAUUUCAAAAUCUGUUAUAUUUUUUAAGAGUUUAUUUGUACUAUUAUUAAUUAAGAUAAUUAAUUUAUACUGUUCUUUUUGAUAAUAUAAAGAAGGAUAAU